ACAGUUCUUAUUGGUAGGUGGAUUGUUACAUCACGCUGCUUAUGACGCGCCGUCUUCCUGUUUCCUUCAGCUGUGUCUUAAAGUGAAUCUUGUUGGUGGAGGAGAGCUCGAGCAUCAAAGCUCUGCAUCGCGUGUGCCUCGGAGACACACACUCACGAACUGCUACGACACAACAAGCCUUUCAGUCUCGAGAGGAGAGGAUAGAGAAAGAGCGGCGCAAAAGAGCUCUUUUAUAUAUUUUUUCUAUUCCACGGUCGUAUCACUCACUUUCACGCCAGCUCUUCAUUCCCUGAGAAAUUAUAAUAUCCAGCCUCGCAUAAGCGAGUCCUCCGUAUCUCUUUCUCCAGAAAAAGGAGUUCGGUUUUCCGUUCCAUCUGCGGGGUACACGGCAUAAUUGGCUCUAGAGGUGUGGGCACAGCAGGAUAUGGCCCAAUAGCAGCAGCCCGUGAUGCCGGACCAUGACAGCGAAUCCCUCCUGAGCAGACAGACCAAGCGCAGACGAGUCGACAUCGGCGUCAAGAGGACCGUGGGUAGCAACAACGCCGGCGUUCUCGUGACAACCAACGCCGCUUCCUCCGCAGCCGAUAACAUUGCCCGCGCCAAAGCCGCCAUCUUCGGUGCCAUGAACUCUAUGAACUCCCACAACCACCGCAGCUCAGACGCAGAUGCCAUGGAGUGCUCCGUGGUGCAGCCCCACGGCGCCAUCUCCGCUUCCGACUGCGAGUCCAAGUCCAACGUUCUCCGGAAGCUUCUGAAGAGGGCCAACUCGUACGAGGACGCCAUGAUGCCCUUCCCUGGCGCCACCAUCAUCUCCCAGCUCCUCAAGAGCAACAUGGCCAAGAAUGGCGGGGGAGGAGGCGGAGAGAGGGGGGAGCGGGGGGAGCGGGGAGGCGAGGGGGGGUUCCCCGGCUCUGGCCUGUCCAGCGGAGGCUCCGAAGCCCCCCAAGAAGACGCCUGUAGCAACUCCUCCCAGGACAGCCCUCAGGAGUGCCUGUCGCCCUUCGGCCGCCCCCCGGGGCUCGGGGCCUUCGACCUGGAGCGCCUCAACGACGAGCACUUGCGGGCCAAGCGCGCCCGCGUGGAGAACAUCAUCCGCGGCAUGAGCCACUCCCCCAGCGUGGUGGUGCCUGCCUCGACGCGCCACCACCCCGAGGGCGGCCGCGACCGCGACAUGGACGUGGAGCGCGACAUGGAGAUGGACGGCCCCCAGCAGGCGCCCAGCCCCAGGGCCCCGGGAGGAGGGGAGAUGUGCAGCCGGGAGAACAAGCGCAAGCAGCGGCUUCCCCAGCAGCAGCAGCAGAGCUUCACCCAGCUGGUGUGCCAGCGCAAGGAGCAGAAGCAGGAGGAGCGCCGGCAGCUCAAGCUGCAGCUGGAGGACAUGCAGAAGCAGCUGCGCCAGCUGCAGGAGAAGUUCUUCCAGAUCUACGACUCCACCGACGACUCGGAGCACGACCUCAGCCUCCACCACCACCACCACGACCUGGGCAACAUGUCCGAGGACAGCGCCGGCCGGUCGGAUGCCGGCGCCGACGAGAGAGGCGGCGGCGGCGGCGACCGCUCCGACAACGAGAUGUCCGAUCUGGACCCGGGGCACUUUUUGGACCGGGCGAGAGCCUUGCUCCAGGAGCAGGCCCUGCUGGCUGAGGGAGACAAGCCCAGGAGAGAAGGCCUGGGCCGGGGGAAGAGUCAGGGAGGACCAGCCUCCUCCUCCAUGCACGCCGAGGGCAAGCAGCUGGCCGAGACCCUGAAGCAGGAGCUGAACUCGGCCAUGUCCCAGGUGGUGGACACCGUCGUCAAGGUGUUCGCCAAGCCCCCCCGCCCCGCGCCCCCCCAGGUGUUCCCCCCUCUCCCCAUGCCCCCCGAGAGGUUCUCGGUGAACGGCGACAACCCCAACUUCCACACGGCCAACCAGCGCCUGCAGUGCUUCGGCGACGUCAUCAUCCCCAACCCGAUGGACUCGUUCGGCGGCAUGGCCGGCGUGCCCGGCGGGGCCAACGACCAGACGGAGGCGCUGCCCCUAGUGGUGAGGAAGACCCCCAGCGAUCACCACCACCAGUCAUCAGCCGUGGGCGCCCAUGGCGGGCACCACCACCCCGCCCUGCACCCCUCCUCCCUCUCAGCCUCCAUGGGCUUCAGCCCCCCCUCCUUCCGACACCCCUUCCCCCUUCCUCUCAUGGGCUACCCCUUCCAGAGCCCCCUGGGCGCCCCCUCGGGAGGCUACCUGGGGAAGGAUCACUCCUCCCCCGACUCCAUGGACCUAUCCAGGGAGACCACCAGCCUGCGGACCAAGAUGGCGUCCGGCCACCACAUGGGCCACCACCACCGGUCCCUGUCUCCCACCCACCCCGGCAGCACGGCCGAGGGACUGUCCCUGUCCCUCAUCAAGUCCGAGUGCGGCGACCUCCAGGACAUGUCCGACAUCUCACCCUACUCUGGCAGCACCGUAUCCUUUAUUACCCUCUGGGGUGGGGAGUCAGGGCAGAGACAGGUUGUGUGUUUGUACGUGAGUUUGCGUGUGUUAGCCUGUCUGUCUGUCUGUCUGUCGGGUUUUCUGUGUUUCCCUGUAAGUGUGGGUGAGAGAGAAAGAGAGAGUCUGACUCGUUCUUCGUUGCCUCUCGCAAAGCCGAUAACAAUUCCUCUGCCCCGACUCCUUUGCCAGACUUAUUUAUAGCUCUUCCUUCUUUUCUCUCCCUUCUACGCCACUUUUUCACUCGUUUUCUCUCCUAAGUGGUUCCAAAAAAAAAGCACUCUAGUUACCUAUCACUUACCCUGGCCAAGAUUAGGGGCCCCAUUGACAUUGUGCGUCCCCCAUUUCGACCGCGUCCAAAUGAGCAGAGAGGAGAAGGUAGGACCUCGAAACGUGGCACAAUGGCGUCCUAUAGUCGUCUCCUAUGGGUUAACCCCUGCGUGGCCCGGCCGUGCCCGGAGCAUAAAGAGGCUAUCCCCUGUGGGAGUCUCAGAUGGAGCCCCACAGGGCCCGGAGCCUAUUAGCUUCAACUGAAACAUUCUGCCCUCUGUUCCAGCCGCUCCUAUAGCUCCUUGGAUCCCAGCCAUUCAACACGUCCUUUAAACCCCUUAUCAAAGUUUUAUUGGUGAAAGCCAGGUAGCGCUCAUUGGAGGGGGUUGACUUACAGCUUAUUAGGAACUGGUGAGGUGUGAAAUGAGUUUGGUUGUGUAUGAUCGGUGGGUUCCCAGAGAGUCUGUAUGUGUGUGUGUGUGUGUGUUUUCGGUGAAGUGGUAGCUUUGUCUUAGAAAGCAUCGGGCUGCGAGUGGAACUUGGAAGGACGGGAGGGAUGCUUGUGUGGAUGGUUGUAUGUGUCAUUGUUGCCGUGGGGCUCUACCCUUAUGUGUGACGUGCGUGUGUGUGUGUGUGUGUGUGUGUGUGU